AUGCAUGGUUUCGCCUUCGUCCCUCGUCCCUUCCCUCCUCCGUCCCUGGCCGAUGUUCCCCUUGAGUACGUUAUUGAUCAGCUACGACGCUUCGCUCCUCACUAUUGGAGCAAGCCAGAGACGUCCGACUGUACCAUUGUCGUUCCUCUCGGUACAGGCUCUUCAGUUGGAGCGUCUCCGAAUGUAGAGUCCACAACGAUGUCGCCGCCUAGCGAUGGCGCUUUCCUAAGCUUCGGUCAACAAGCGGAGGAAUCGCCCCUUCGUCCAGCACCCUGCAUGGUCAUGCAGCUUCAUAUGGACUAUCUAUGCGCACACUCCACUCUACUUCGCGGCCUACUCAGCGGAGCUUCGCCCUUCGACCUCCUCGCUAGCUCCUCGCAUUCGUUCGCGAGCGCACAGGUGCCGAUGAGCGGAAACGCUCUGCCCUGUCCCAGCAUACUGCCUUCUCCACCGACCCGCCCAUCGAUCUAUCUCCCCAUUCCGGACCCGGCUUCCUUCCGCAUGCUCGUUCAUUACAUCUACUUCGGCUCCACGGAAUUCAUCGAAGACGCCCUUGACGAGGGCAAACUCAGCUGGGAAGGUCUCGCGCGCAAUGCCGAGUACCUCGGGAUGGGUUCGGAAAUUAAGGUCUUCCUCGGGCAUUGGUACACCCGAUGGAUGCGCGGUCGUGCUCCGGGCGGUUACGACUCGGACAGCGAGAACGAACACGAGGCGGAGGACGGUUCCGGAGACGAGCUGGAGAUGCCUAUGCAGGAUAUAUCUGCGGCGACGUCUCCGACCGUCUUUGACCCGGACGAGAUGUACUACAGGGCGGAUGACGAGGAUGAAGAUUUCAAGAAGGUCCACGAAGCGCCUCGCGGUCGGCAGAGGACCACUCGUCGUUUGGGACAUGCCACUUCCGAUCCUGGCCUGAGCAGCUCUUGCCAGCAGGUGCUGAAGAGGGCUCCGCGCGGACGCAGUAAAUAA